AUGAUGGAGCAUCACGGCUGCCGACUUGGUCAUGUCGUUGUCCGUGCGCCUUGCAAAGUUUCACAGCAAGCCUCCACCCGUGGAUUGGCAUGCGCCCUACCAAUGAGCACGAGAAAAUCAACUUCGAGGUUGUGUAAGCCUGGUCUUGCACUAGUUGCCGGCAUGUAUUGGGCAUUUUCUGCGACACGGCGUCGCGGAGCCACUCGAACUGCCAAGGACACGGGGGAAACGACAGAUGCUCAAGAGGAGAAUUGGUGGAGCAAAUUCACAUCUGUCGAUGUUUCGGUUUUCCAGCGCCCGCGUGCAUACGCGACCCGAACAGCGCUGGAACGGGCAUUGGAAGGUUUGCCGGUACGAUUGAAGGAUCUCUCACGCAAAAACGGUCCCAAUGUGCCUUUGUCGCAGCUGGAGAGCCCAAUUUACCGAGGAGUAGCUUUCCUGACUGCUUUCGCAGCAUACCCAACCGUGGUGCGCUGUUUGCGCAGCUUGCUUUACGAUGACCUCGGUGGGAACACGGAUGACCUAGCAGAUGUUGUGACUGAGUUUGUAACCGUGGAGACAUUCGUUUUCGGCAGCUACGCUGGUGUGACCCUUCAAGUGCAGAUGCAACGCCUCGCAGAUCUUCAAACAGAGUCCGUCAAGGAAAGUGCCUUGUUGUCAGGUUUGUCAGAGCAUACCGUCGGACUCUUCGAUUCGUUGGACAAAACAUCUCUGCGAAGUGGGACCGGGACAACGGUGGCAAAAAAUGAGGACAAAGCAUUGCUGGCACUGUGGCACCACUCUGAGCGAAUGGCUUAUGGUACGAGGGGCGUGGAGUUGAUGGACAUAGCUGAUCGCGAUCGCCAAAGCGACAGCAUCAGCAACUAUCGGCAAGCACUUCUCAAGUGGGGCCGCAUGCGGAGAGAACAGCAAGCCACAGCACCGCUGUAUGAACCAGAUUUGCAAGUGUGUUUGGGCAUGUUGAACAAUUUGAGAGACUUUCGAGCGGGGCGAUUAUCCAGGGAAUCAUUGACACUGCCACCUACAUUUUUUUGGACAUUUGGUUUACUCUCGAUAUUUAUUUCCAUAUCGUUUGCUCUGAGGGAGGCGGCGGAUCCCAACAGCGAAUUUUCCAUCGUAGACCGCUGUUUCUUCGCGACGCUGACACUGGCGUUUCUCACCUUGUUUCGCUUGGCCGUAGAUGUGAACUUCCCUUUUGGUGGGGACUAUCAAAUCCGACGCGGGGCCUUGACAGCCGAGCUAGUAGCAGCUCGCACCACUCUGGCAAAGGCACUGGGCCCAGAUAAGCUAGCAGCAUACCAGGCCAAAGAAGCCACAAAAAGAAGCAUCGACGAAAAUGAUCUUGCCCCGGCUGUGCAGAACACAACUUUUGGAACGAAAGCCCGCAAGACGAGACGGGUCGGAAGACUCUUCCUGCCCGUGGGCUCGCUAAAAUCACAGUACCGGCACGUGCAGCGUUGGGAGGUCAGCCUCCGAACAUUUGCGGCGGAGCUAGCCGGCUUGAUUUCGCAAAUGCCGAGGUGUCACAUGCCGGGCAUGCAGGCCCGGACAGCGCAACCGCAAAUCGCGAAGAAAUCGCACCUGCCAAUGUGCAGGGCGCAGCACCAGCUACAUCCGGCAGAGGAUGCGGGAAGUGCCGGAGAUUCCAGACAAGUUCUCAUCGACCAGGUGAAAAGCCACCAGAAAGCUUCUGCUGCCUUCCAAAAAGCAUGGCAUGCAUACUGCGAUGAGCAUGGGGACGGCAUCUAUGAUCCGGCAAGGCACAAGAUCCAGCUGCUGGAGGAGUUCCUGAAGACGGCUGCAUCGAAGACCGCAGGCUCGAAGCGCAAGAAAAAGCAGGCAUCGGGCUCAGAAUCUGCCACAAGCCGCAGCCGGAGCAGAACAAGAAGACGACGAAGACAUGCAAAAGGCAGGCGUCGAGCACACGGACGCAGGCACAGGCGAGAACGUCGACGAAGAGAACAUCGAGGGCGAAGACGUCGCAAAGGACGCAGAAAGAGGUCGCGCUCACGGUCACAAAGCUCUGGAAGUUCUGUUAUGUCCGGUCUUCCUUCGCGUGCGACAGCCAUCAAGGGAGCCGAGCGGGCUGUGGCUUCUGCCGCCGAAGAGCUGAACCGAUUGAAAGCCAAUCCGGAUGCAGCCAUCGAUGAGCCAGCAUUGCAAGGAAAGCAGAAGGAAGAGAUGGAAGUGGCCCUCCGAGCUCUCCAAAGCGAAGCUGAUUCAGAGAUGGAGGCGCAGUUACAGGAAGUGAAAGAAAGGCUGGCUCGAGAGAAAGCCUCCCGCUUGGUGGAAGCGGAGGAGAAAUUGGAACAGGCCAUCGCUGAGCGCCUGAAAGAAGCCGAAGACAAGCUUCGACAAGAGGCCCAAGGAAGACUCGAUGAGGCCAAAAAGCUGGCAGAGGCAAAGCUCGAAGCGAUCAUGGCAGAGGCUCGGCCAAAGAUUGAGGCCUCCUGGGCAGAUCAGCUCCAGGUGCAGCAGCUGGUGUCAGCAAGAAGAAAUAGGCGCUACGCUGGCGUGAGAAAGCAUCGGAGCAUUUGCCAAAAGCUGCUUGCCGAUAGCAUCUGCACAGGGCAACAUGGGACCGUCUGA